AUGAAAAUGAUAUUAGAGGAAAAAAAGAACGUGACAGUGUUUUCAAUACAAGGCCUGACGGAUAUCCCUGAACUCCAGUUCCCAACAUUCUUAAUUUUUCUACUAUGCUACAUCAUUAUUUUCUGGGGAAAUAUAACAAUUUUUCUUGUAAUUUUGAGUGAUUCUCACCUUCACACCCCUAUGUAUAUUUUUUUACUGAACCUUUCAUUACUCGAUAUCAGUAAUACCUCAAACAUUCUGCCAAAAAUAUUACAUAUUCUCCUAACAAAUCAUACAUUUAUUUCUUUUCUGGGAUGUAUGAGUCAAAUGUAUUUCUUUCUGUCUCUGACACUUAGUGAAAUCUUAUUGCUUGCUGCCAUGGCUUAUGACCGAUAUGUGGCAAUUUGUCACCCCCUUCAUUACUUUUAUCUGAUGAGCUUAAGACACACUUUUGCUCUUGCGACUUCUUCAUGGGGCAUUGGUUUCCUGGACGCUAUAGGACAUGUGGUCUCUGUAUCUAAUCUGUCCUUUUGUGCAUCUCAUCUUAUCGAUCACAUUUUUUGUGACAUCACACCAUUGCUGAAGAUCUCUUGCAGUGAUACCUUCAAAGUGGAGAUGUUAACCUUUGUCGAAGGGGCAAUAUUGCUCGUUCCUGCAUUCCUUCUCACCUUAAUCUCAUAUGUAUUUAUUAUCUCCACCAUUCUACAAAUAAGAUCAGCAGAAGGACGACAAAAGGCUUUUUCUACGUGCACCUCGCAUCUGACCUGCGUUACUAUAUUUUAUGGAACCAUCAUUUGUCUGUACAUGAGACCCACAACAAGUUAUUUUCCCAAGCAGGACAAGUUUUUUGCUCUUCUAUACAUUGUCUUGAUUCCAAUGCUGAACCCUGUUAUAUACAGUCUGAAAAACCAGGAUGUUAAAAGCGCUUUGAAAAAAUUGAAAAAGAAAAUAAUGUGUUAGAGAAUUAUAUAUCAAUGUUCAUUUUAUACAUUUCUGAAUUA